GCUCGUGAAGACUAGGCAGACAGAGGGCUGAAUUCUUUUACUGUAGAAUUCUGAUUGUACUAGAUGGCCACGGCGAGCUUAUUCGUUUUGUCCGGCAUGCUUCUCUUUUUGAUGCAACGCUCAGAAUCAGCACGAUCAACUUUCUUGGAAAUCCUUUGUUCAAAAAAUCCGAAAUCUCUUCCUAGUUUGUGUAGAGACUACAAGUUGUCUCUAAGGAAUUGUUCUGUUACCCACUGGGGAGAGUGACAAUUGCAAGGCUUUUCUUCUACUAACGCUUCUAACGCUUCCUGUCCGUUAGCGAGCAGACUGCUCAGGUAUAAUCGCAUCAAAGACGUACGUAACUUGUCAGCAAUUUGCAAGACCAAAGCAGGAGACACUUAUGAAACGCAAGACAGAUGAAAGUCACAGGAUAUCCUCGAAAUGUGAUGCGUUAUUAACUGCCGCCGACUGUGCAUAUAUUGCAGGUCCAGCAACCGCAAGAACUAAAGUAUCAGCACUCAUGCAAGUUCUUGGUAACAAUUUUGGUUCAGCCGUCGAGAAUCCAAUUUCCUGGGGUUGCGGACGUCGUCGUCGUUGUGCGAUGUCGCCGUUGCAACCGCUACCAAAGCUCAAUUGCUCGUACGAGAAUCCUCGAGAUCUUGCUGUAGUAAUUGACCGUUCCGCUAGUGUUGGAGAGUCUGCAUUCAUUAUGGCUGUCGACACGCUUGCAGAUUUUCUCGCCUACAUGCGUAACGACUUCCAAUGUGACGGACCUAAAACGAGACUGGCCGUCAUUACCUACGGGACAACAGUUACGGAAGUGUUUAAUUUCAACUACUCUGCUAGGAAUCACAGAAGUCAAAAGCAAAUGACCGACGACAUCAAAGCAAUGACAACCUACAAAAGCAAGUUUGCAGGAGCUACAGCUACAGGAACGGCACUAGAGUAUUGUCGAGACAACAUAUUUCAGCCAAGUAUGGGCAUGAGAACUAACAGUAUACGCCAGAUUCUGCUCUUGACAGAUGGUCGUGCAAACAAAGGAAGAUGUCCGGGAGUUGUGGCCAAUCAACUUUUCUAUAGCAGGUGGAAUAUUGCCGUCUACGCUCUUGGUAUUGGUGAUAAUGUCGACAUUGCUGAAUUAAGAUCUAUAACAAUGGAGAGAUCCGAAAAUAACAUGCUUCACUUCGCCUUGUUCUCUAACUAUUUUGAAUUCUCUAAUAUUAGUGAGGUGGUUAGAAUAGAUAUACAACGACGACACGGUGUAGAAUGCAAGGAAGCUGCAAAGAUCUUUGACAAGAAAAAAUAGACCAGGGGCUACAAAUAUUAAGCGACAGUUGUACUGCAGAAUGUCAGAUACAAUUAGGAUAGUAGAUAGAACUGUGAGUUGGGCCGACUGUUUUGGAUGAUUGAACGACCAGUGAAUUUAUAUUUCACUUAAGAUUUCUAGAUUUAGAAUUUAGAUAGACAUGGUGUAAUUGACGCUAAAAACAGGCCUACUGAUGCAAAUGUUAAUUAAAGAAGUAUAAGUAUUGCAUGGUUGCAGCA